GACACUUGGGGCUCUGGGGACACCUGGGACCUUGGGGACACCAGGGGCUCUGGGGACACCCAGGACCUUGGGGACACCAGGGGCUCCUGGGACACCUGGGGCUUUGGGGACAUCUGGGACCUUGGGGACACUGACAGCUCUGGGGCCAUCAGGGGUUCUGGAGACACUGGGAGCUUGGGGACACUGGGGGCUCUGGGGACACCAGGGGCUGUGGGGACACCACGGACAUCAGGGGCUGCAGGGGCCAUGGGGACACCUGGGACAUUGGGGACCCCAGCGGUGGCAGGGGCCAUGGGGACCCCAGGGGUGGCCGGGACCCCAGGGGCUCUGGGGACACUGGUGACACCAGGGGGUGGCGGGAGCCAUGGCAACACCAAGGACACCAGGGGCUGUGGGGACACCUGGGACCUUGGGGACAACCAGGGGUGGCAGGGGCCCCCAGGGGCUCUGGGGACACCAGGGGCUGCAGGGACCUUGGGGACACAAAGGACUGGGAGCUGUGGGGACACCUUGGGGACCCCGGGGAGCGCAGGGACGCU